AUGAGCCAGUUAGGCAAGCCCAAGAGCACUACGGGCUGCCGCACCUGCAAAUCCAGGCGAGUGAAAUGCGAUGAGCAGAAACCUGCCUGUGCGCGCUGCAUUAAAGCCGGCCGACAGUGCUUGGGUUACGCACCGUGGAGACAGCUUGGUCCCAGUUCAAAGUCGCCAUCUCCGCGUGUCCUCACUCCUUUUAGAGCUGCCAAUGAGGAAGAAGAUCUGUACUUUCGGAUCUUCCUCGAAGAUGGGCGUAAGCAAAGUGUCGUGGCUAGCGAUGUGGAUUUCUGGAAGACCCUCGUCCCCCAACUCUCUGAAGCGGAUCCAGCCAUACGCUACGCUGCAAUUGCAGUUGGCGCUUUCAUGAUGCAACGAAGGGACAUACAGGGUCUUCCAGAUGCCGAUCUGCCUGCACGCUCCGCGCUCACUUACUACAACAAGUCCAUUCAGGAGAUGCUCUCAGCGCCGGGCACUGUCAAGAAGGAGACGGCCCUUGUCUCGAACGUCCUAUAUACUUGCCUAGAGUGCCUCCAAGGCCAUGACUCAGAAGCAUUGGCUCUCUUCCGAUCAGGCAGAAAGAUUUUCGAACAGUACUGGAACGAUUUUGGUGGCUCGGUCCCUCCAAGCCCAAUCACAGAUGGUGUUCGACAGUUGCUCGCACGAUUAAGAAUCUUGGCACUACUGUAUGGUCCAGCAUACGCAGACUACAGCAGCCCCAUCACUGGAACGCCGGCUGGGUCACCUGACAACUCCUUCGAUACUCACGAAGAGGCCCGGGCUGCUUUUUUCUACCUUGUUGGCGACAUUCAUGAACUCAUCUCCGAAGGUUCGAGGGCAAAGCUGACUUACGUGCCUCAGAGCAGAAUUCUUGAGCUGCUGUCACCCGAGAGAGACGUCUUGAAGACCAGAUUGCACGAGUGGAAGACCAGAUUCUGGCCACUUCUUGAACCGGGUCUCUAUUCCGAUGAUGAUGUCGCCAACCAGAUUGCUGUCUUGACUCUACAAUGCUCCUACAUCAUCAUGUCCAUAUGGCUGGCGUGCUCCCUAGCCGUCGACGAAUGUGCUUACGACGUGUACCUGCCAUCAUUUCGAAGACUUGUCAACGUUGCCGAAACUGUCGUGCAGCUUCUCGACAGGUCUGAAUUCAAGCAACAGCCAUUCUCACUCGAGAUUGGCCUCAUCGCGCCCCUCUACAUGACCAUCCGCAAGUGCCGCGAUUCAACGGUGCGCCGGGCUGCACUUGAUCUGCUCCCAAGAGGAAGGAAACAGGAAGGUCUAUGGGAAGCUAAGCAGGUAAUUGCAAUUUCGGAGCGUGUCAUCGCGAUAGAAGAGAAGGGUCGCUUAGAGGGCGAACACCGGCCUCGCGAGGCAGCAAGAUUGCAGGCUACGAUGGUCCAUCCUCGCAGGACACGGGCUGAUGGGCAGAGGGGAAACGUGGUUCAGUUCUUCUUGUCGUCACGGGAGCCGGACGCAUUAUGGGAGGUGUGGGAAGAGUGGUUCGAGGCUUGA